CUUUCAGAUCAACUGCAUUUGCUGCAGUUGCACCGCGUGCACUCCUACGUACAGCUUGAGGAUGCUACGACCAUCGUUCCAGAUGUUUCUCCUAAUUUCUCUUCUCCUGAUGUCCUGCGACGCGCACCACCGAACCUUCUCCCGCUGUCAGCUGUCAAGAGAACUUCUCCGUUAUAACCUGCCACGAAGCCUCAUACCCAACUGGGUCUGCCUGAUCGAACAUGGAAGCGGUAGGACUACGGAGAAGGUGACCAACCAUAACAACUCCUACACAAGCUACGGCCUGUUUCAGAUAAACAACAAAGAAUGGUGCAAGAAGGGAAGAAAGGGUGGCCAUUGCAGUGUGAAGUGCGAAGAUCUCCUGAACGAAGACCUUGCAGACGACGUGCGGUGUGCCAAGAGAAUCUACGACCGGGUUGGUUUUAAAGCCUGGCCCCUGGCCUACUCGUACUGCCAGGAAAAAAGCCUACCUGAUUUGUCGAAAUGCUAAAAGUUAUUAUAAUUUGUCAGUCGGCAUCAAAGCUUGACUAGCCUAUUUUAUUGUCAAAGUGCAGCCUACAACACAUCAACCAGAAUAAUUGUCAGUUUGUUGUCAGUCCAUAUUACAAUGGCUUACUUACCUACUCAGAGAGACACAGUCGUGAAUUUGAAUGGGUUAUCAUAACAAAAUAUAAAAGAUUUUUUAUUUAACUUUGCCCUUGAUUUAACUAAAUACUUUCUUUAACUCCAAGCACUUCAUAUGGAAUGCAAUAUACGCCACUGGACUUCGAAACAUGGCGGCAAAGUUUAAAUUUAUGUUAAUAAUACUCAAUGAAUAUUUAUAGUGAAAUAAGACACUGCCAACAGUACCUAUUUACAUUGUUUUUAUGAUAGAUUAACCUCACAAGAAGUUUGUUAUUUAACUAUUUUUUAUUAUUGUUAGGAUAACAUUUUAUACUCACUAACAAUUAACAUAACUCCAACACUGCCAAUCUUUUUAUUAUUUUUAUCUAAAAGCAUAAAUAAAUCAU